GAGGUGGAAAGUGUUUAAAGGCGGACGUUGUUAUCGUUGUGCGUUUAGAAGUAUUCGAGAACAGCUCAUAAAAUGAAACGAAGUUUAUUAUUUUCAACCGUGGUGCUGAUGCUGCUAGUUGUCAGCACCUUUGCUCAAUUUCAUAAAAGCGGCAACUGUCCACUGAGAAAUUCAGUGACCAAUUGCACCCCUAGAUGCAUGGGCGACGCACAAUGUUCUUUCAAUCAAAAAUGUUGCCCGAAUAAAUGCGGUUCCACAUCGUGCGCCCAAUCGAGCGCUGUAAACACCGGCGCCGAUGGAGGAUAUAAGGGUUCGAGCAAUCAAAAUCAACAAGCCGUUUACUGCAACGGAGUGAAGUGCGCUCCGUAUGAAAAGUGUCAGUACGACCGCGACGCCAGGCGUGAGAAAUGCACGCGCGGCUAAAAACAACAUAAAUAAAAAGUAUAGUGAUAUAUAUGUAUCUCAAGUAUAUCUAUGGUAUAUGGUGUACAUCUUUUUUCAUAUCUAUGUGAUUUUAAUUCAUGAUCCAAUUAACUUUCCCUGAAAAACGAUUUUCUAAAGUUAAAACUACUAAUAGACCAGAAAAAAUACUGUAUAUGCAUCUAAAUGCAAUUAUAAUCCAUGUGAAAAAUAAAAAUUGAAAGCCCUGCUGAGUCCCCGAUAAAAUAAAGAUUCUUUAUAAUUAUU